ACAUUAUCAGCGAGGUUUUUGCUCGUUGSUUGAUCGUUUGUUCUCUUCCGCAGUUUUACCUUAAUCUUGCCUUCAUCUUUAAAUGUCUUUUCAUAUAUUACUGACUACGACAUAGCGAGAAAGAUAUUGAUGAAGCAACUAAGCGUUUUACUAAAGUUUUWCACAUCAAAACGAUGCCAUGUUGGAGGAGUGAUUGCGAGUGCUACUGCAAAGGGUUGUAAUGGGCCAACAAAAUGCUAAGGCCUUCACUAGAAGCUCCAAGAAUUCAAAAGCCACAGAAUCUCWUCCUGAAAAAAAYUCUGUUCUUUCACCAGAGAGCGUAACUAAAAGACCUUUACCAGAGACUCCAAUAGAACAAUCACUACAGCAAUGGGACUCAAAAGAUAAUCUUGAAAAUACUCCUAUAUAUGAAGAAGACACAAAGGUCUUUAUUGCUAUCCAUGAUUUUCAGUCUGGGGGUGAAAACCAGCUCAGUAUUCGAGCAGGAGAAGAACUUAUAGUUCUUAGGUACAAUGACACGGGGGAGUGGUGUGAGGGACAGUCCCUCAAAGGCCAAGUUGGUUGGGUACCAAGUAGCUACAUUAAACCUGUAAAUAGCAUAGAAAAACACUCCUGGUAUCAUGGCCAGAUUUCCAGGAAYGCAGCUGAAUAUUUGCUUAGUAGUGGCAUAAAYGGAAGCUUUCUUGUCCGAGAAAGUGAAAGUAGUCCAGGWCAAUUAUCUAUAUCRCUGCGYUAUGAUGGACGGGUSUAUCACUAUAGAGUCAGCCAGUCUACGGACUCCAAAUAUUACGUUUCAACAGAGAAUAGAUUUUCUACAAUUGGUGAAUUAGUACAUCAUCAUUCUGUAAGCCCUGAUGGACUGGUCACUACGCUUCACUAUCCUGCUCCAAAAAUGGAGAAGCCGGCCGUAUAUGGGUUUUCCCCGGAACCAGAUGAGUGGGAGAUUGAAAGGACAGAAAUCGCCAUGAAACACCGACUAGGUGCUGGUCAAUAUGGUGAGGUUUAUGAAGGAGUUUGGAAGAAACACAACAGAACKGUAGCUGUCAAGACACUCAGGGAAGAGACUAUGGAAGUGGAUGAGUUCUUAAAAGAGGCUGCAACAAUGAAGGAAAUCAAGCAUCCCCACUUGGUCCAGUUAUUGGGCGUGUGUACCAGGGAACCACCUUUUUACAUUAUUACUGAGUUCAUGGUGAAUGGAAACCUAUUGGAUUAUUUACGAAGUCCAAAGGGAAAAGAUUUAGAUGCAGUUACGUUGAUGUACAUGGCAACACAGAUUGCAUCGGAUCUUGCUGCAAGAAACUGUCUGGUCGGCGAGACUCACCUUGUGAAGGUUGCAGACUUUGGUCUAUCACGUUUAGUGGAUGCUGAUAUUUACACAGCACACCAAGGAGCAAAGUUCCCAAUUAAAUGGACAGCACCAGAGGCUUUAGCUUAUAACACUUUUUCUAUCAAAUCUGAUAUAUGGGCUUUUGGUAUUCUACUAUGGGAGCUUGCCACCUAUGGCAUGUCACCUUACCCAGGAAUUGACCUAUCGCAGGUUUAUGAAAUGCUAGAAAGUGGAUACAGAAUGCCUUGUCCAGAAGGAUGUCCUCCAGAAGUGUACUCUCUUAUGGGAAGAUGUUGGAGUUGGGAUGCAAUGGAGCGGCCAACUUUUCAAGAUAUUCACAAACUUCUAAACAACAUGUUUCCUUCAAGUAGUGUCAAUGAAGAAGUUGAAAAGGCUCUUGAGAAGAGCAACUCGAUUCCAAAGAAAGGCAAGAAGAGUAAAAAGCAAAAAUCAAAGGAAAAUGGCAGCAACGGGACACUUACAUCACAAAAAACUGAAGCUCAGAAAACCAAGAAAGAAGUAAAGAACAAAGGCACCUUGGGAAGAAAAAAUGCCCCUGAUGUCUUAGGUCCUCCCCCUGAACCUCCGGCAAGACCUGCAUCAGSUAAAGAGGAAGGUAAAARUUCAGAGAARAAGAUGGUUCUCCCACCAGAAGGAAGCYUGCCAAUGAGUAAUGUUAUCAAAGAACUUGGUACAAUGUCUCUUAGUAGAACACCAAAGAAAGAGAAAGAGGAAACACCAAAGGCUCUUCGWCCAUUACCWGGAACAACAACAAAUCCACAGCAGCGGCCACARAUGCCUUUGCCAGGUUCUCCUCAAAGUCAUUCUGUCACAAAGCCACCAAAAAUGCCUCUUCCUCCAACACCUGACAAUAAGCCCUCAUUCAAUGAACCUGCAGAACAAAAGCCWGUGGUYAAAACACCAAAAAUGCCGUUUGUUCCUAAUAAACCAGCUUUGAAACCACCUCUCAAGGAAAACAAGUCUCUGCCGGAUGGUAAACCAUUGAAAGUGGCUCCUCCAAAGCCAUCAAGGUCAAAAUCAAAUGAUGAGCUCGGCAAAAAUACCAGUCCAGUYCCUAGACCGCGAAAUAAACCUCCCCCACCCCCAGGRGGAUCUGCGUUCCCCCARCAAUCUAUAGACGAAGAUUUCUCUGCUGCCAUCAAUACUGAAAAGMGAGGACUAAGCCAUACAUGGAGUGGGAAACCAAAACCACUCCCUCGUGUACGUCCAAAGCGCACAGACGCCAUGUCUGAUGACGACCGGCAAUCUUCACAAGACUCGUUGGAUGACUCCUUACCAGAUUCUGCGCUGCGAGUAAGUUUGAAAUCACCAAGUGAACCACGAAGAGGAUCAUUUCCAGCAUCGCAUAGACCMACAACACCUUCAAAACAAUCAAGCCCUUCCAAACCAAAACCACCAUCCAACAAGCCAAGUUUACCCAAAAAACCUCAUGUUGGAACUCUAGAUAAAAAGCUGUCACCGCAAGGUCAAAAAAUCUUGAAACUAACUGUAGAAGGUCAGAGUAAAGCGCAGGAAAUUAUUGAUCUCACUGGAGCUAGAGAAGGCGAGAAUCUCAGUGACYUCAUUGAUGAUUUCCUUCAGCUUUCUCUACGUGUCAAGGAAUCAUUGUCAUCAAUGACUGAUUCACUGUCUCCACAAGCGAGAUUUAAGUUUCGACGUACAGUCAGUGAGUUCGAGUCUAAGUACAAUGACCUUGACUCUGUGUUACAAACUGUUGGCCGUAAUUUCACAGCCAUAGACAUGGAACGGAUAAACAAAGUUGUGUGUGGUGUGAAUGAAGCCCUAGAUGAAGUAUGUACAACUGUUAGAGCAAUGGGGACGUGAUGCUAUCAUUUCAUUACGUUAGAGAUAUUCUCUAAAAUGAUGAUUGGGAAUACCCAAUGGCCAAUUAUCACAACACUGUUUAGCUCCAAACUGUAGUUAAAUAUUCCAAUUCAAAAAGCGUCAAAGACGAAUUAAAUUGAACAAUUAUUACAAGUAGUGCAUAUGAGAUAUCAUGAAGAAGAAGAAUGACUCUGCUCUUGUAAUCCUUUCCGAGGUUCUGCAUUGCCAAGCAUCACAUCUGCACAUUCUUCAUGUUAUCUCACACACAAAAAAAGGUACCAAAGAMUAUUUUACGACAUGAUUGUCAUAGUAUGAUCGGCAUAACUGCACAACAUAUAGUAGUGAAAGUUGUUAUCAAAACGUUUCACUCAAUAUAUUUUACUUGAUCAUCUUUAGCUUUUUUAUGUAGAAGUUUUAUCAUUACAGAAAGAAUUUUUUUAUUUCAAUCAACAUCUGCUUCGAAAUAUGAAUUAUUAUAAAUCACCC